AUGGUUCUCAAAUUAUAUGGGUUUUCCCCUUCAACUAACACGCAGCGUGUGGUCCUUGUCCUAAACGAACUAAAAGUCCCUUUUGAGUAUAUCACUGUCGAUUUGGCUAAGGGAGAGCAUAAGGGUGAGGAGUAUAUGAAAAUCCAGCCUUUUGGUUGCGUUCCAUGCAUUGAUGAUGAUGGCUUCGUUCUCUAUGAAAGUAGGGCUAUUUGCCACUACAUCAUAGCCAAAUACGCAAGCCAGGGCACUGAACUAGUUCCGACCGAACUAAAAGCAAAUGCUCUCUAUGUGCAAGGGUUGAACCUCGAAGCAGGCUCCUUUGAGGCUGCGGCUGCCCCGUUCGUUUAUGAAAAACUUUUCAAACCAUACCAAGGCUUGAGCCCUGAUGAACACUCAGUCAAGAUAUUUGAAGCUAACCUCAUGAGCUGCCUGGAUGGCUAUGAAAGAAUUCUGAGCAAGCAGAAGUACAUUGGAGGCGAUGAGUUGACCCUAGCUGAUCUUUACCACCUUCCUUACCUUACUCUCCUUCCUAAAGUUGGAUUUCAUGCAAUUGACGACAAACCUGCAGUGUCCAGGUGGGCAAAGGAAAUUCUUGCCCGGCCAUCUUGGCAAGCUCUCCUUGCAAAUGACAUCAAGGGGACUGCCUAA